UUAGGCAUCAAAAUCUCAUGGUUUAGAGGCUUAAUCUCCAUUUUUCGCUCUACGAUAGAGAUUAAGCUAGCCUUUUUCAUUUAUCCACCGUCGAUUUCUUGCUUUAAUCUUCCAUUAAUCAUUUCGCGAAAAGGAAAACAUUGUUUGUAAUGUAAUUUUAAGCCGACCUUCUUCUCAUUGUUCACAACUUAGUUCAUUUUCAAAGUUUGGAUUUUGUUUCGCCUUGUAUUAUCUUUUGUUUUUGUGUUUCAGAUCUCUUUGAUGGCUUUCACUGGGACCUUGGAAAAAUGCAAGGCAUGUGAUAAGACUGUUUAUAUCAUGGAUUUGUUGUCCACCGACGGAGUCGUCUAUCAUAAGUCAUGCUUCAAAUGCAGUCAUUGUAAUGGGAUGCUUGUGAUGAGCAACUACUCCUCAAUGGAUGGGGUGUUGUAUUGCAAGCCCCAUUUCGAGCAGCUCUUCAAGGAGACUGGCAAUUACUCUAAGAACUUCCAUACACCUGCAAAAUCUUCUGAUCGGCCAAAUGAACAACUGACCAGGACCCCUAGCAGAGUGUCCUCCAUGUUUUGUGGGACCCAAGAUAAAUGUGCCACGUGUCACAAAACAGCAUACCCACUUGAGAAGGUGACUGUGGAAGGAGAAUCAUACCAUAAAUCAUGCUUCAAAUGCUCUUAUGGGGGUUGCUCCAUCAGUCCUUCCUCAUAUGCUGCAUUGAAUGGAAUUCUCUAUUGCAAGCAUCAUUUCGCUCAGUUGUUCAAAGAGAAGGGAAGCUACAAUCACCUUCUCAAGGCUGCUUCCAUGAAGCGUCAUGCCACACAGACUCCAUCUGACCAACCACCAUCGGACCCACCAACGUCUGACCAGACACCAUCAGACCCACCAGAAUCAGACCAAACGCUGGCCUCGGCAGACAACUGA